AUGGAUGUAUACGCUUUAGAAGUCAUUUUCCCUGUAAAUGAGACACUAAUUCACAGAAAUAUGGAAUUCGGUCCGUACUACGCUAUUGUAGGACCUUUAGUUGUAUCGGAUCCACAAGUCGUUUGUGAGGAUGUUAAGAAGAACUAUUCUGAGCAGAUCGUUUUGACAAUGAAAAGUGAUGACGAUAUUGGCUGUCCUUUUGAGUAUCAAGUGUGGCUUUUGGAGAACGCGGGUGCCAAAGCAGUUGUCAUUAUGGAUAAUAUCGCUCGAGAUUAUUAUCUGGACACCUUACCAACAAACGAUACCAUUGCCUCUCUUAUCAAUAUUUCUUCAGUGUAUAUAUCCAUGAAAGACGGGGAGACCCUUAUGAGCCUCGUUCAAUCGAAUGUAACAAUUGUGUCUAUUAGUGAAAUUGGUGAAUAUAAUAUAAUCACAGCAGAUGGUGGCCGUGUGGUUUUAGCCAUUUACAUAGCUCUGAUCAUUAUCUUGUAUAUCUGUUCCAAGUGUUAUUUUUCCGACAGCAACAUUGUCAAGCGAGUCAUCAGCAGGCGUCGAACUCUCUACAACAGCAUCAAAACGAUGACCAUCUCUCGCAAAGGAUCAUCGAUCCGGAGAGAUAUGUGUCACAUCAUCGGGUUUCAUCAGAAAGAGAACGGCGUUCUGGAUCUCGAGAAGGUCAUCGAGUGCAAUUCCACUUGCUCCAUUUGUCUCUGCGAGUUCCAAGUGAAGGACCGCGUCAAGCGCCUCCCUUGCGGCCAUUUGUUCCACAAAGCGUGUUUGGAUCCCUGGUUUUUGGACGUCACAAGCUCCUGUCCGGUGUGCAAACAACACAUCACGCGGCAAGGAAUGGUUCCGAAGGAGGAAGACCGCACGGACUACGAGCUUAUGAAAGCACUGCAAACGCGUAAGAAGGUCUCCAAGUUUUGGUGCUGGUUUAUCGGGAUUAAUCUGCUCAUCAUCAUCCCUUGCUUAUAG